CUUGCUUAAGCACCUAUACUUAAUGUGCAGAAAUAUAUAAGUCACUUUAACAUUAUUAUCACGGUGUAGGUAAUCUUUGAUUGUCUUCAUAAAACUCAUUGCAUGACAUAAAAAAAUAAUAGAAGUUGCAAUAUCAUGCAAUGUCUUAUUUAAUAUCGUAUUCAGUGUUACCUACCUACGUUAUGUAGUCAAUAAUGAUAACAAGCUAUCUAUAAAAAAGAAUGACAGCACAUGUAUUUACACAUACAAACCAGUUUUUUAUUUCUAUAACACACACAUCUGGGCGCCAUCAUCACUAGUAUAAUGUUCAAUACAUUUAAAAUUAUAACAAAAAGAAAUAGCUUGACUAAGAUUAAUGCAUUUAAUAUGAGUGCCAGAGAGAUUCAUGGCGAUGCUAGAUUUAAAGGGAAAGUUGCAAUAGUAACAGCGUCUACAGAAGGCAUCGGUUAUGCCAUAGCUAAGCGGCUGGGGAACGAAGGAGCUUCUGUUGUGAUAAGCAGCAGGAAAGAAAAGAAUGUGGAACAGGCUGUUCAAAGUUUACGUAGCGAAGGCAUCACAGCUGAAGGAGUUGUAUGUCACGUAGGCAAUGCGGACCAAAGGAAAAAAUUAUUUGAUUUCACAAAAAGUAAAUUCGGAGGACUAGAUAUACUUGUUUCUAACGCUGCCGUCAAUCCUGGAGUGGCGCCGAUUUUGGAAACUGAGGAAGCCGUAUGGGAUAAAAUAUUCGAAAUCAACGUAAAAUGUGCUUGGCUUUUAGCAAAGGAAGCUUAUCCUGAACUUGUAAAAAGGGGAGGUGGAAAUAUAGUGUUUAUUUCAUCCAUCGCUGCGUACCAACCUAUGGAGCCGCUUGGUGCCUAUAGUAUCAGUAAAACGACACUUUUAGGCAUGACCAGAGCACUAGCAACAGAAAUUGUUCAUGAUAAUAUCAGAGUCAAUUGUGUUGCUCCCGGAAUAGUAGCCACGAAGUUUGCAUCGGCUAUUACUAGCAAUGAGGCAGGAAAAGAGAAAAGUCUGUCUAUAGUACCAAUGAAUCGUUUCGGGAAACCGUCGGAGAUAGCUAGCGCUGUAGCGUUUCUAGCUUCUGACGACGCCAGUUACAUAACUGGAGAAACGAUAGUUACUGCUGGAGGAGCGUACGCUCAUCUGUAAACCUUGGGUGUUGGAAUUUUAUUAAACUUAUAAUUUUUUUUAACAUUUUUCAAAAUAAAAAAAUGUUUUGUUU